AUGUAUGCAAUUACGAAAGGCCUGCGGCAGAUAAUACGUCGACCGAAGAGUAUCGGAAUUGAUGUGAGGGCUAGGAGAGCAAAAAUCCAAUUAAGAGUACUGUCUGUAGCUCCCCAACGCUGCAGUAACAUUAUUGAUACUCUCGGGAUCUAUGCACCGAGCACCCAACUAUCCGAGACUGAAGUGGCCAUGGCAGAUACCGUAUCUAAAUUUGCUGCCGACAUAAUUAGGCCUAGAGUACGGGCAAUGGAUGAAGAAGAAGCUAUGGAUCCAAUGAUAGUUAAGCAGUUGUUUGAAAAAGGUCUUAUGGGAAUUGAGAUUCCUGAAGAAUAUGGCGGUGCUGGCAUGAAUUUUACUGCCGCUAUUGUAGGCAUCGAAGAGUUAGCUCGUAUUGACCCUAGCGUUAGUGUGCUAGUUGAUGUGCACAACACUCUCGUUAACACUGCGGUACUCCAGCAUGGUAGUGAUGAAAUGAAGAAGAAGUGGUUGCCAAAGCUUGCAACAAGCACAGUUGGAAGCUUCUGUCUGAGUGAACCCACUUCAGGCUCUGAUGCUUUUGCCCUGGCCACAAAAGCAGAGAAAAACAAUUGUGGGUAUAAGAUUUCUGGCAGUAAGAUGUGGAUCACAAAUGCAAUGGAGGCAGAGUUUUUUAUUGUAUUUGCCAAUCUCGAUCACCAAAAGGGUUACAAGGGUAUUACGGCAUUCAUUGUUGAGAAGGGCAUGAAAGGUUUUUCUGUCGCGAAAAAAGAGAAGAAAUUGGGAAUAAAAGCAAGUAGCACCUGUGUGCUCAGCUUUGACGACGUUCAAAUUCCUCAUCAUAAUCUUCUCGGGGCUGAAGGUGAUGGCUAUAAAUACGCUAUCGGCAUAUUGAAUGAGGGUCGAAUAGGGAUUGCGGCCCAAAUGACCGGUCUAGCACUUGGUGCUUUUGAGAACGCAGCAAGGUACGUAUGGAAUGAUCGAAAGCAGUUUGGGCAGUUUGUAGGAGACUUCCAAGGCAUGCAACACCAGAUUGCGCAAUCAUACACAGAAAUAGCAGCUGCUCGAGCUCUUGUUUUCAAUGCGGCAAGAAAGAAAGAACUUGGCGAAAGUUUUGUGCAAGAUGCUGCCAUGGCGAAAUUGUUCGCGUCGCAAGUUGCCCAACGGGUGAGCGGGCAAGCUAUAGAGUGGAUGGGUGGUAUGGGAUUUGUAAGGGAAGGAAUAGCAGAGAAAAUGUGGAGAGAUAGCAAAAUUGGCGCUAUCUACGAAGGUACAAGCAAUAUUCAGCUACAAACGAUUGCAAAGAUCCUCAAAAAGCAUUAUCAGAACUGA